GUGGCGGUGGUGGUGGCGCGGGCGGCGGCGGCGGCUUCUUUUUCAACAUGUUCUACGAGCGCUACGCUGACGGCCACCAAGAAGGCAUCCAAUACGUCGGCGCAGGAAGGGGGGACAUGGAGACGAAGCUUAUCGAAGUUGGUGCAGGUCAGGGCAGCUACACGAAACAAAAGGAUGCCACCUACGGUUACAGGUGCCGGCCCGCGGCAGCUUGCUGCUGUGUGUUGUUCG